GCUUGUGUCUAACGUCGAAGCGUUUAGUCAUUCAGCGCAUAGACAGCGCAACAGUUGGACGCUUUCGGCAAUUGGAUACCCCCAAAGAGGCUUUCGUUAUGGAUCGUGCAAGCUUAUUUUACGGUGGCCAAAAUGAGAGCACCUUCAGCUUUGAUGAAACGCUGCCGGCACUGCCAUUGCCGGAGCUGCGGGAUACCAUGAAGCGUUACUAUGCCAGCCUGCAGCCCUUUGGCACGCCCGAGGAGCUGGCCCUUUCGCGCCGCAUUAUCGAUGAGUUUGCAAAUGGAAUUGGAGCUGAGCUGCAGGCAAAGCUUAAGGAGCGUGCGGCCAAAAUGAAAAACUGGCUAGGCAGCUGGUGGGAGGAUUACGCCUAUCACAUGAUGCGUCUGCCACUCUUGCCCUACCAGAUUAUGUCAAUGCCCUGCCAGAUGGUACAUGUGGGCGUGCCCGAGCGGCCCGACUACAUGCUUAAGAGUCUCGCGCGUCAAAUCCAUCACACGCUGGAGUUCUGGGAUUUGGUGCGCAGUGAAACGAUCAAGCCACUCUCCUCGAAUGGUGGCAAGAUAAAGUACUCGUCAGCACUGUACAAGCAAUUCUAUUCCACAUCGCGCGUGCCCGGCGAGGAGCAGGAUCAUAUUGAGAAGCAUUUCCUAACCAAAUCGGAGGGACGCACACCCACCCAUCUGAUAAUCACGGGCAAGGGUCGGCAGUUUUCCUUCAAUUGUGUCCACGAGGAUGACACCAUUCUGACGGCGCCAGAGAUAUUGGUUGCUCUGCAGCGCCUACGCAGCAUCCUAGACUAUGAGCCGGUGGGCGAUGGCGUCCCAGCGCUAACCCAUGACGAUCGCACCAGCUGGGCGAAGAAUCGCAAACACCUGAUGAGCAUUUCGGAGACUAAUAAGCAGACUCUAAAGCUAGUGGAAAGCUCGAACAUAAGCAUUUGUUGGGAUGAGCAUCAGCCUCAGAAUACAGAGGAAUCCUCACAGUUGAGCAUCUAUGGUGACUAUCAUUCGCGCUGGGCGGACCGCAGCAGCUGCAUAAUCGCCUUCAAGAACGGACACUAUGUGUAUACGGGCGAGCACAGCUGUUACGAUGGAACAAUCAGCGCCAGCUUUGCCACAUUUAUGCAGCUCAGUUUUCUGGAGGUGCCCGAACCAGACUGGAGUGAGGUAAAGGAUACGAAGAUAGUGGAUAUACAGGAACUCAAAUUCGAGUUAGAUGACACACUCAAAUCAGAGAUUAAACGUGUGCUCGACGAGGUUGAGAAGCGGGGCAUCGAUGUCACCGCUACAUUUGAAGUGUUCGAUGAUUACGGUAAGGAAUUUAUGAAGAGCCAGAAGCUACACCCCGAUUCCUUUGUGCAAGUGCUCAUGCAAUGGGCCUACUACCAGAUGCACCAUGAGAUUGCGCCCACCUAUGAGACGGCGCUAAUGCGCCAUUAUUACAAUGGACGCACGGAAACGCUACGGUCCUGCACCAAUGCUGUAUAUGAGUUCCUUAAGGCCUCCGACAGCAAGAGCACCACGGAUGAGCAGCUCCUUCAAGCUUUUCGUGCCGCUGUCAAUGAUCACAGAUAUCAAAUGGACGAGGCACGCAAGGGUAAAGGCAUUGAUAGACAUCUCUUUGGGCUGUGGUGCGUUGCCUUUGAGAAUAAAUUGGACAUACCCGCUUUCUAUGAUGAUCCGCUGUAUGCCAAAUCCGGUGGCGGAGGCAAUUUUGUGCUUUCCUCCAGCACGCUGGGUUUUACGCCUAAUGUGGGCUUUGUGGCGCCCAUGACUCUGGAUGGUUAUGGUAUCUUCUAUGCAAUUACCUCGGAUGCAAUUUACAUAAACUCGACUGCCUAUCGCGACAGCAUCAAGACCAGCGCCCGCAAAUACAAUUCCAUUUUUUUCGAGUCCUUCCGUCGCAUUCGCCGACUCUUAGAGCAGCAGAAAAUUGAAUCCAACUUGUAAAUUGUGCUCAAUCUGAAGUUUGCGCAUUACGAUAUAAAUCGAUAUCCAAUUUCAAUGCAUUCCAUGUGGAGUUGGAUCAGAUUUUUCUUGCCUUCUUCCAUAUAUCAGGAGUUGCCCAUAGACUUAAUCAGGUAAACCUUGAUGAACUUUAUCGUUUCAUUUCUUGGUACUGCUGUCAGUGAAAUAUAAGGGAUUUAGAUUAAAUAUAUUCUUAUAAUCGAGACUUUGAA